AUGUCGUCUGAUGAAAUUAUCCUAUAUGAUCUCCCCUCGAAGCAGGGAUUCUCAUGGAGUCUGAACCCUUGGAAGACUCGGCUCGCGCUGAACAUCAAGGGUCUGCCAUACAGGACCGAGUGGGUCGAGUAUCCCGAUUUGAAGCCGACGUUCCAGAAACUUGGCAUCCCACCCAACGACUCCGGCCCCUUCGAAUAUACUUCUCCCACGGUCCGCCUUCCGAACGGCGAAUACGUGAUGGAAUCGCGCAAGAUCAUCGACCGCCUCGAGGCCCUCUACCCGGACCCCUCACUACAUCUCGACUCGCCGUACCAAGCGCGCACCGAACAAUUCCUGCCCAAACUCGUCGGCACGGUGCGUCCCAUCUUCAUGCCCUUGGUGCCCGUCACGUUCCUGAAUCCGCCCUCCAAGCAAUACUUCGAGCAGGACCGUGAGAAGACCCUGGGCAUGCCGCUGCAGGAGUACCACGCCAAGAACGCCGAGCAGGCGUUCCGCGACGUGGAACCCUUGUGGAAGGAAUUGGCGGGGUGGUAUGCCGAGAAUGAGGGCGGCGUGUGGCUUGAAGGCAAGGAGAUUGUUUACGCGGACGUCAUGGUCCUGGCUUUAAUGAGGAUGCUCGAUAGGCUUGGUGUCGCGGAGAGGUUGUGGGCGCUUGAGGGGGGUGAUGUCUUGAAGAAGGUCUAUGAUGCUGCUGCGAAGUGGUUCGAGAGGGAUACCUACUAG